CAACGUAAAAAAAAUGUCUUAUUUCGGAUACUAACUUGGAAUACGUAAUAUAUAGAAUUGAAAAGUUUGUAUGCAGAAAAAAAUAAGUUUAAUAGGUUGUUGGAGACAUAUGUUUCAAUAUUGGCUAAAAUAUGAAUAGGAACGAAUCAGAUCAUGUAAGGAACAGAUUCGGACAAACUAGGGAAAAUACUCUACUUGUUCCUCUAUCAUUCCACAUAUCAACUUCUCUGCUUUGCAUACGAGCAUCCACAUACUUAAUCAGAUUACAACAAGAUGUUUCUGCACAUGCUACAAUUGACCAUAGAAUAACACAAUAUAAGAAAGAGUUUCACAGGUGAACUUUACAAUCUGUGGUGUAGUAUGAAAAUAUGCUGGGGCAACCUUGCCUGCGACGGUAUAUUAUCAUAAUAGUGUUUGGUUACAAGUUGUGAUUUGUAAACAACAUUAUUUAUUUGGUUAGAAUGAUUACAAGAAAAUUCAAAUUACAUAUUAAAAAUUACUCGAUUAUAAAUUAUUUUACUUAUUUCAUGUAACCGUGAGUCUUAAUUUUUAUAUAGAGAUGUAAAUCUGACUCUCUCUUGAUCUAUUAACUGAGAAAAUAACAAUUUUUUUCCGUUAAUAUUAACUAGUUUUUACAAGUAUGACAACACUGAAAGGCAUUUUCCCUGAUCCAAAAAAGUCUGCAAUUGCCUGAGUGAUUAGCCUUCUUGUACCAUUGAAAUUUAGAAAAAAAACCAGCAAGACGAAAAAAUUUUAUAUAUGAAAAUAUGAAGAAUCUUCGUCACAUGGAACAAAACUUUCACAUAAAUAAAGAAUUGAAAGAAACACAGAAUUUACGAUUAUAUGAACGAAAAAAGAUUAAUAGUAAGCAACAAAGUGAUUUGCCGAAGUUAACUUCAAAUCUUUGUACAAAGAAACAUGAUAGACACAUUGUCAAUUUAAGUCUGCAUAAUAAAGUAAACAAACAUUCCAUAGAAAACCAACAAAAAUUAUCUAAGAAGUCUAGCAUGCCAGAGAUAAACAAAAACAAUGAUAAUAUCAAAAAGACGUUACAUUCAACUAUUAGCAACAAUUCACCAAUGAAGCAAAAAGGAAAAGAGUGUAGAAACCCACAUAAAUUUGUAGGAAGAUUACAUGAAAAUGUUUCAUCGGAUCCUGUUUUAUUAUGUGAAUCCACGAAAGAUGUUGGUAAUGAUAAAAACACAAAAACUAAAUUUAAAAAUAAAGGUAUUCAAACAUUGGAUGCGGAUCAAAUGGAUAAUUUGUACUCUGAAGGAAUGAUAAGAUAUCCUUCAAAGAAAUAUUUAAAUAACAAUGAAUCAAAUAAGGAGACUGAAAUCAAUGAAGAAAAUGAUAAUAUUUUAAAAAGUGCAAUAAACACAUCAUCUAAUCAAGAUCAUUUAGAAAAUUCUGAAUUACAUCCGCCUAAAGAACAAUUGAAUUUUAGUAAAUUAAAUAAGGAUUGUACGUUUGAGAAUAAUAAAACAAUUGACCGGAUAAAUAACAACAACAACAAUAAAAAUAAUAAUAAUAAUAAUAAUAGCAACUAUAAUAAGAAGAAUGCUCCACCAUCUAAUUAUCGGAAGGGUGUUGUUCCCAAGUAUAUUAAAGCCAAGAAGGAAGCUCAAAUAAGAGAAGAAAAAGCUAAAGCAGAAGCAUCGGAUCCUGAUUGUCCAAGUGGUCAUGUUUCUUUACCUGAACAUGAACGCAAGGAAACGUUGAACAUAUUAAAGAAAAAUUAUCAAGAUUAUGUAAACGAAUUAAACAUGAUGCCUAUAAAGUCAGAUACACUUAGAUCGCAACAGCGAAAAGCCGAAAUAGAAAAGCAAUUAAAUAAAUUAGAAGAAGGCAUUAAAGUUUUCUCAAAGCCUAAAGUUUAUGUAAAAAUGAAUGCAUAAACUUAUUAUUGUUUCUGAGUAUUAAAUUAAGGUUGUUACUAUCUUUUUGCUUUUGUUUUCCUUUGCGUAUAUUUUUAUGAAACGGAAGAGAAUAAAAAAUGUAUGUCGUAAUUAUUGUGAUUGUGCACCGUCCUCUUAUUUUUAAAUUAAAUUUCUUUUACAAACUUGUUUUAUGUUUAUUUGGAAUCAUUUGUUCUUUAACUAACAAUUGCAUAUGUAUCUAUACUGACCCUGAAGCAGGUAUUAUACAAGUCAUGUUAUGUUGCAUAAAAUUCUUCAUAAAAGCGCACAUUUUUUUUAUGUUUGUAGAAUUUGUUACGUUUUUGAGGAAUUAAAUCCUAUAAUACUCUAGUUUCCUUGGUCAAACCUCGUUCAUUGAAAGUUAAUACCUCUAUUACUAGAAUUACCUCGCAAAUUACCACACGACAUAAAACCAUCAAAAUGUCUUAAAAAAUUUUCGUUAAUCCUUUGUCUUAUAACAACGUGUCAGACUCGUGGUGAAGAUUUUCAAUAUGAUUUAACAAACAUGAAUAUUACUCAAUUCAUUCGAAUUCAAAGUAAAUUUUACCCUUCUGUAAUUAAUUAUUAUACUUAAAAGCAAACAUAAACAUAGAAUAUACCUACAGUUUUUCUCUUUUUCCAAUAAAUUCAAAGAAAUCAUAGGGCAAGGGGUUAAUGUGUGUAUCGAAAAUAUAAUUCUUUGUUUUUUCUGGAUGGCAAUAAUCUGAAAAAUCAAUAGGCAUCGAUGUAUUACUUUAUAAGGAAAACUCUCAAGUGAUGGCAUAAGCCAUUCUUUUUCUGGAGUAGACACAUCCAUAAUUAAUUCCUACACGCACAGUUUUACAUAUGUUUAUAAACGGUAAAGAAAUGCAUGUUCGCUUAGUCAUUCAAAAUACAUUAAAUUAAUGAUAGAUCAACUAAUUGUAAGAGAUGAUUUCCGUUACAUACUUACAUGGCCGGAGAUCUACUUCCACUAUCACGGAUAGCGAUAUUGCGUUAAUUUCUGCUCUUACAGAAAUAAACCUGGCGAAAGUUACAGAUUCAUACUAAAAUUUACAUCAGGCAAUGACAAAAAUCAUAUUAAUGAGAAGAAAACAUGAAGAGAAAAGUGGUGGUCCAAUGCUUUGGAUUAACGAAGAAUUUUGCGUGAAAAAAAAGGAACAAAAUUAAUAUAAUACGAAUGCCGAAAAGCGUGAGAUUUGUUCAUUUAUUCUUUUUAAAUCAGUAAAUAUUGAUUUUUUGCGCUAACAAUGAAUUUUCUUUGUACAUUUCCUAAAUGUUCCAUAUCGGAUACUUGUCAUUUCUUUAACUAACCGUUGUUUACUUUUUUUUACAUGUAUUACUUAGAAAUAGUUAACUAUUCACAUACUGAAUAUCUAUUAAUUUUGAUGCGUGUUGACAUCAGUUUCAUUAGAAAAUGAACACAUCUCGAUUUUUGGCAUACUUUUAAAAUCAGGUGUUUCGUAUUAAUUACAAUUAUCCUAUCAAUGAAAAACUUUACUUUUAUAUGACUUUUAACUAUUAGAAUCCAUAAGUACGUGUACAUCAACUCAACGAUUGUAUGCACGGAAUACAACUGCUUCUUCAUGUACGUAAAUACAUAAACCGAAGGAGGUGGUUGCCCAGAGAACGUACAUAAGUAGAUAUGCGUGACGAAAAGCGUGGAAAGACAAAGCGCGUCUUCGCUAGGUCUUUACCUCAAUUGCUCCAAAUAUUUGUUUAUUUACCAGAACAUUACGUUGUUGAAAGAGUGACGGUUGUGUUCGACAGUUUGUCA